GUUCGGCGUUACAUUACGGUGUUUAUAUUACAACAAGAAUUCACAUUUUUCUUACACUCCGCAAUGGAUAGUUGUAUAAAAUACACGUAAAUUAUACACAAGUUCUAAAUAGAUGUACAAAUGUACUAACGUCAGUUUUGCGUUUGACAUCGGGUUUCUUAUAACGCCAUUGCGUUAUUUGUUACCAUGGUUAUCGAAAAAAAACCGUAACCAUGGCAACGUUGUAACUAAACUUACUCCGUGUUUCUAUUUAUAUUAAAGAUAAGGCUACUGAUUUUCUAUAGUUUGUGUGUAUUUACUUUUACCCUUAAACAAAGCUAACACAUCGCAUUAAGUAUCAAUAUUCAGGUUUUUUCUGUAUCGUCUUUUCUUUCAUAUUUUCAGUUGUUAUGACAACUUUUCUAUAUUAUCGAAAUGUUCAAUUGUACCUACAAAUUCGCCUUAAUAUAAAUGAAAUCUAUACUAUAAAUAAUCCUGAAAAAUUUGGUUAGUUGAACACGACCAACUCAGGAACAACUUUUGUAUUAUAUUUAGCAUAGUUAAUAAAUACUAUUCAACAACAUAUGGCCUUGCUGUGGUUUCGUUUACGCCCACGGAACACUGCUCAAGAUUUUUAAAAUAGAGUCAAAACCGUUUGCGACAUCGUUUAGAACAACAUACCGGUUAUAUUGACCAAAAUCAAAAGUCCCGGCUGAAUCCUAUUGUAUAAGGUACUUAACAACGUCAUCAGCUGUUACGACCAAAUAUGAGGAGUCCCUACGAUGUCGUUAUAUCAGAUUUUGACUGUAACAUAGACAUACAUUCGAGCUAACAGUAAAGCUAGUGUAAAUUUAUUUGUGUAUUUUCAUGUAAUUAUACAUUAAAAUACACAAAUAAAUUUACACUACAAUACAUACACACAAUACAACGGAUAGAUUCACAGAUAUAAUUGUUUACAUUUGAUAAUUAUUUUUAAAGAAGCAAAAUUUUCUUAUAAACACAGUAAUUUAUUUAAAAUGUAGAGCAGUAAAUACGUGUUUAAUUAAACCAAUAAAUCAUGAUUCACUAACAAGAUUAAACUUCAAAACAUCGUUAAUUUCUUAUCAACAGAAGUGAUUAGUUCAAAUGCAGUUAAUCACAUUAGGUUCACUGUUUAGAAAUAAGUUUUACGUAACCAUAAAAAAGUCUUUUAAAGCGUAAAUGUUAGUAGUCGUAUGAAAAUACUGAUAAUGUGACUUUUGGGUUAGUUAUUGAUAAUAUAUAAUGUGGUUAACAAUCUGGGGCAACACAAAAUAACUUAUAAAUUAUACAUUUCGUAAUUUAUUAAACUUAGUUUGAUGACUUACGUGCUUUUAUAUUUCAGAUCAGCUAAGUUGUUUUCAAAGUAACUUUCUUGUGGAUCGGUUCUUGAGUGAAUAGUGUAUACCUAUAUUUAAAAUGAAGAAUUUUUUUACAAAUAUUCUUCGGGCAUUUACACUAUCAACCCUUACAAUGACGUCACAUGCGAAAAAUCAUAAAACAUUCUAUAAAAUGGCCCCAAUAUAUGUUAAUGACAAGCCGGCAAUAUUCGCGCACGCCGAGAGUCCAGUUUGGGAUGUUGAUACGCAAUCACUAUUCUUUGUAGACGUGCACAGUCAGAACGUGCAUCGGUAUGAUUAUUCCACGAAGAAAUUAUACACUAAACAUAUUGAUUACGGUCAAGUGAAUAUAGUAUCGUUAGUAGCGGGCUCUCGAAGGUUAUUAGUAGCGGUUCGUUCUGCGUUAUACUUGCUUGAUUGGAAUGUAUCGGGUGAUGCAGCUUUGAGGCUUCUAACUACGGUGGACCAAGGCCUACCUGAUAAUGUCAUAAAUGAAGGAAAGCCGGAUGGCGAAGGACGAUUUUGGGCUGGUACUAAAGGCCCACAAACAGGCGAAGACGUACAACCCGACAAGGCAACUCUGUAUAGUUUUGAACCGGAUCAAGAGGGUUACGUCCAACCGCGCGUUGUCCUUCGCCCGGUUUCUAUAUCUAACGGAUUGGCAUUUUCACUUAAUAAUACUAUUAUGUACUAUGUCGAUUCGGCUACUCAAAAGAUUGAGGCGUUUGAUUAUGACGCACAGAGGGGGGAAAUUAGUGGCAGACGAACAAUUUUAGACAUAACAACCUAUGGAUAUGAUGAGGCAAUACCGGAUGGCUUGACAAUCGACAGUGAUGGACACUUGUGGGUCGCUCUUAUGUUUGGAGGAACUAUACUGCACAUAGACCCUGAGGCAAGACAAGUUAUAUAUGGGUACAAACUGCCUGGAGUACGAACAACCUCUCUUUGCUGGGGGGGCCCUGAUUUAGACGAACUUUAUGUCACCACGGGAAGAGAAAAAGACGUCAUCGAACCGUUUGCAGGCGCCAUCUUUACAAUAAAGAAUACUGGCAGCCGAGGAGUUCCCGCGCAUACAUUUAGAUACGACAAUGCGGAUAGUUAUUAAAUUUAAUCAAUUUUUUA